AUGAAAAUCGACAAGGUUUUACUCAGCUAUGGUGCCGCGGAUUUCUUAUUUCUCGGUGGUGGUGUUAUUCUUCUGAUAGCAUCCCUAUUAUUCGACCAGGAGGUGAACUCCACGCCGACCUCGCAUAGUGCUCCAAAGAUUAUCCUUCUGCGCAUGGUACCAUUCAAAGCCGGACUCAUCAAUGCCAUACUCGUCUUCGCCACCUUCGCCAUCUCUAUACCAAGCAUGAUCCUCCGCGAAAGCCGCUUCUGGCUCAAGCUCCAGGGAUGGAUGAUCGUUGCAUGUGGCACAUUCACGCUUGUCCUGGGGUUGAUAAUCUGGAUCGAAACGCUCAAGACACGCGCAGAGCUAGGUACUAUUUGGGGAACUCAGCCAACGAAUGUGCAAAGUUUGCUACAGCAGGAGUUCGGUUGCUGUGGUUACUUCAACAGCACCUCGCCUCCAUUCGUCACGGAUAAUACCUGCACGACCGCUCUUAAUGCGGCAGGGAUGGUAGGCUGCGUUGGGCCGUUUUCCAACUUUGCAAACCGGAUUCUAGAUUUCAUCUUCACUGCAGCAUUUGGUAUAGUUGCAAUUGACAUGAUCCUCCUCAUCGCCGUUGCGGUCGUUGUCAAGGACCGCAAGGAGAAAGAAAGAUUCCGCUUCAUUGACGCCAAGGUGGGAUAUACUGCUAUCUGA